AAGUGAAUGCACCGAUGGAGUACCAGUUUAGCGAUUCCGAUAUCGAACCGGAAGCGAUCGAUGACGGUGCGUUCGAGAGUCUGAUGCGGACGUUCGGCACCAACAGAAAGGCGGGGGUCAGUGAGUACAGCGAGGAUGAAGAGCAAUCGGAUGAGGCUGGCAGUGAUUCAGAAAUGCAAUCCGCUGCAUCGGAUGUCGAAUCCAGUGGCAACGGAAGCAGCGAAGACGAAGACACUGCGGACGAGGGCGAGCAAAGCGCAAGCGAAGUAGAGGACGAAGAGGAAGCUCUUGGCGACGAAGAAGGUUCGGACAACGCAGACGCCGACGAUGACUCGGAUGCUGACGAGGACAGCGAUGAUGCGCCUCCGGAAGACGAUGCUGCCGGCGAUGAUAGUGCAAUAUCGUCGGAAGAGGAAGACAACGCGGCGUCAGUGGCCGACCCGUACAUGAUGCACACCGCCUUCAACAUAAGCCCCGCGAUGGUGGAAUCGUUGGCGGCCGAUCCGGUAGUUACCGAAGGCAAAGGAAUUCGCUACGGAUCGCUAGGAACCAUUUACGUGGAUAUUCCGAAGGCUGGCCACGUCCGGGCGAAAUGCGCACCGACCGGAAUCUACGACAAAGAAACGUACGCCCGCCCUGGAAGUCUUCCCAUUGCGCCCGAUGUGGCGAAACCCGUCGAUUGGUCCGAGUUGCACGUGAAGGCGAAGAUUGCUCGAAACUUAUCGGAAUCGCCGGAUGCGCUGGAGCGCGAAGUGUUUUCGAUUCUCAACAACUAUCAGGACUUGCUGUUUACUCGGCGUACCUUCGAGAACGCCGAAAAGCUCCGGUUCGCAUACUGCCUGCACACGCUCAAUCACGUGCUGAAAGCGGUGACAAAGAUUCAGCACCACAACCUCAAGCUGGCGGCGGCACAACCAAAGCCCACCAAACGAUCGAGACGCCAGAAGCGGAAAGAAGUGACCGCUGUUCCGGGUACCAAGGAGUACCGCGAUCAGGGCUUGGUGCGCCCGAAGGUACUGAUCAUUGUCCCGUUCCGGCAGUCGGCAUUGCUGAUUGUGAACCUGCUGAGGGCACUGUUUGCCGGCGAUGAUGGGAAAGCGGUCACAAACUAUAAGCGGUUCACGGACGAGUACGGCGGCGAACAGGGGUCCCUGUACUUCCCACAGCUGAACCGGAAACCGGAGGACUACGAGCAAACGUUUGCGGGUAACAUCGACGAUAACUUCCGCAUCGGAAUUGCCUUCAACCGGUCGUCGAUGAAGCUGUACACCCGGUACUACACCUCGGACUUGAUCAUUGCGUCGCCGCUCGGUGUGCGGAUGACGAUCGGUGCCGAGGGGGAGGCGGACCGUGACUUCGAUUUCCUGUCCAGCAUCGAGCUGCUGAUCAUCGAUCAGGCGGAGGUGUGCUACGCGCAAAACUGGGACCACGUCCUGCACGUGUUGGACCACCUUCACCGGCAGCCGAAAAGUGCGGAAAAUACGGAUUUCUCCCGUGUCCGUGAUUGGGCCCUGAACGGGUGGUCCCGGUUCUACCGCCAGACGGUGCUGAUCUCGUCGCUCGAGCUGCCCGAGUACCGGUCGCUGUUUGGGAAACAUUUCAACAACUACCGAGGGAAGGCGAGGACCGUGGGCAGUCGUGUCGAGCAUGGCAGCAUCAAGCACGUGGUGGUGCGAGUUCCGCAAAGUUUCCAGCGGGUCGAGGCGACCUCGCUCGAGGGACAGAGCAAUGCACGGUUUGCGCACUUUGUCAGCGUGAUUCUACCCCAGGCCCGUAGCUUGACAAUGGCCCGGUGCCUCAUUUACGUGCCGAGCUAUUUCGAUUACGUCCGGUUACGGAACUACUUCAAGAAGGAGGAGAUGAGCUUCACACAAAUUUGCGAGUACACGUCGGAUGCGAAGAUUGCCCGCGCCCGGGACAUGUUCUUCCAUGGCAGUAAACACUUUCUGCUCUACUCCGAGCGGUCACACUUCUUCCGCCGGCACCGCAUCAAGGGCAUCCGGCAUCUCAUCAUGUACGGUCCACCGGUGUAUCCGCAGUUUUACUCCGAAAUGGUUAACCUGAUGGCGAACGAGUACCAGAACCUGAAGGACGGCGUCGAUCCGGCCUCGAUGACCGUGACGGUGCUCUUUACGAAGUACGAUUCGUACUAUUUGUCCGCGAUACUGGGCAUGGAGCGUGCCCGCUCUAUUCUACAGGCAACCAAAUCGGUGCAUCGCCUAACGACGGACACCAAAUAA